CUCAUCUACCAAUCCAGCAAACUAAAACUCCACUUCCCAAGCAAACAAUUGCCGGACAAGCCACUUCUCUAAUGGCGUCCCAGCUGGUCGAGAGCCACCGCGCCGGCGCCGAGGUCCUCAAGGGGGACGAAGUCUGCAAGAAGCAGACCGUCGAGCUUCUCGAAGAGCUCGGCCUCCCUAAAGGCCUCUUUCCUAUGGACGACAUCGAAGAGGUCGGGUACAACCGUGAGAGCGGGUUUGUGUGGAUUCUUCAGAAGAAAAAGAAAGAGCACACCUUCAAAAAGAUCAACCAAACUGUCUCCUAUGACACCGAGGUGACCGCUUUUGUAGAGAAGGGCAAGAUCAAGAAGGUCACCGGAGUCAAGAUUGAGGAGGUGUCUUUGGUCGAGAUCUAUGUGGAUGAGUCUUCUGCUGAUAAGGUCAUUGUCAAGACCGACACCGGUCUGUCUGACACCCAUGAUGCGGCCGCGUUCGCUCUCGGAGAAUAGGGAGCUACUAGUUAAGAAGUCCAGAAGAAUAAAAUCAGUGAAUGGUUCGGCACUAUGUUUCGCAUGUUAUGCAGAAGUAUAAGUUUCCAUUUUCUUUGGAAUCUAAAGGCUGCUCCACAAAUGUUACUUCCUUUCAGCAUGUAACCGUUUGCCAAAUGAAAAGAAUAAUUACACUUA